AUGGCUGAUGGAACUGCUAACCAAGAAGGUCUUACAAUUCCCUUAAUGUCUUGGAAGAACAACCUGAAAGCACUUCUGGUGGAUCCAUCAUCUACCUGUACACUAAUUGGGAAGGCAUAUCUCACGAAUUACGGUGUAAAAACUGAGGCUGUGGACAAUGGAGAUGUUGCCAUUACUCUGCUUAAUGAGGGAGCCAGUUUCACUGUGAUUCUCGCAGACAUGCAUAUGCGUGAAAUGAAUGGAGCGCAGUUUGCUACGCAGCUUCGGAGCAGGGGAGUACAGACCAGGCUGCUUGGUAUGUCAACAAUGUUUAGAGAACGUGAGAAAGAAGAGUUUCUGGCAGCUGGGGGUGAUGGCUUUAUUGAGAAGCCUCUUCAUCCUUCCAAGUUUGUUCCAAUCCUGCAAGAGCUGGAUAACAAUUAA